AUGCUGCAGACUACCACCUCUGACUCACAGCUGCGCAGCCGCACGUACUAUGGAUGCUGCACUGGCCAGAUGGUGUUGAAGGCACUGGAGAAGUCAAAAAACAUGACCCUCAUAACUUCGGCCGGUCACCAGAUGGGUGAGCGCCUGCUGCAGCAUACAGAUGACAGCAUCUUCAACCCUGAUACUGGGCCUGUAGGCAAACUGCAACGGGUCCAGGGUGGAGCUCACCAUGGAUCGGAGGUGGUCCAAAACGGGGCUUCAGUGAGGGUGGCCCACACCAUCGCAACUGACCAGACGGCAACUAUCACGACUAUAGGAUAUUCCCCAGCUGUGAUGGUCAGACUGGUUCUAGGUCCGGUACCAGUUGCCCACUGCAAUUUGGAGCUAGUCAGCGUGUUCACACAGGUCACACCUGGCAGUUGUCUCCACCCUUCAUGCAGUCUCCCCUUCACCUCUUUUAAUCUCUGUCCAUUACCCUCUGCGACUGAAUCCAAAUGCUUGAACUCAUCCAUAUUCAAAACUAGCUCUUUUACACUCAUUUUCUUCUCCAACUCAUCUGUCGCUUCAGAUCUUCAUAUCACCAGGAAACAUCGUAGUAACCAAGGAAACUCUACACUGACCUCUCAGGCUAUGGAAGGAGAAAAUAAACUGGUGCUUUCAGUUUUUACCGCUAGGGGCGCCGUCACUUUCUUUAAUUCGUUGACAUUACUGCAGUUGCACUUCUGCACUUCACACAGAAACAUGUCCAACGACACCAUGCAGGAGAAGGAUUUGCUGUACGCUGGAUUCUAUGGAUGCAUCAUGGUACUGGGUUUUCUUCUCAAUGCUGUGUCCUUGUGGAUUCUGUGUCGCCGUCACAGCCUCAAAUCCCCCAGUUCCGUCUUCAUGGUGAAUCUGGCACUGUCCGACCUUCUGCUGACCGUCUCUCUGCCGCUGAGGGUCUACUACCAUGCCACGGGAACCUGGCCUCUAGGCAACGCAGCUUGUGUCUCCACCAGGAUGCUCUUUCGCUACAAUCUCCGCUGCAGCUGCAUCUUCAUCACCCUCAUCAGUGUGGAUCGUCUGCUGGCCGUGGUUUUCCCUCUCAAGACCCGACACCUGAGAACUGCGCCCAACGCCUGGAAAACAGCAGCACUCAUCUGGGUCCUCCUGAUCAUUGUGUGCGUCCCGGACGGUGUGGACCUUUUUGAGGACUUGAAGCGCCCCAAUAAGACGACCUGUCUCAUGCGGCAUGAUCAGCGUGACAGCAAGUCACUGAUCAAGUGUGUUGUUGAGGUGGUGUGUCUGCUUUCUAUGCUGUUGGUCAGCAUUGUGUCCAUGGUUUUGGUGACUCGGACUUUGUGUAAGUCAGACAACUCCAAAAUCAUCAAGAACAGAGUAAAUGUAAUAAUUCUCUUCCUGAUGAACAUGAUCAUGUUCGCUGUGUUUUUCUUGCCGCUGGCCAUCGCACAUUUAUUGCCAGAAGAGACGUUGGUUGAACCUUUAAAAUGCCUCGCGAGUGCCAACUGCUGUGUGGAUCCACUGUUGUACUACUUUUCUUUUGACGGGUUUUGGAAGAAAGACCAGCCCAGAAGAGAAAUUUCAAGAACAUGAAAAUUGAAUGUUUUCUUUUUUUUUCCAU